GGUUUUACCGCGCACGACUUUUUGAUCGUAGUUAGUGAGAUAAAACCAGUCGCUGAUAGAGAGAGUGCUCUGGUGUGUGGGCUGUCUGGCUGUAACGUCACAGUACGACUGGGAAGCGUGUGUCAUUAACAAAGGCUGUAUUUCCUCUCGAAAUGUGUCGCCUUUAGCGCUUUUUUAAUCAGCGCUCACUGUGAUCAGUCUAGGACACUACACCGGACAGCACCGAGAGACACAGAGAGAAAAGAAACCAAGAUGCCGCUUCUCCACAAAAAGCCCUUCGUCAGACAGAAACCUCCUGCUGACCUCAAACCGGACGAAGAAGUUUUCCUCUGUAAAGUCACCCACGAAAUCUUCCGGACCUACGAUGAAUUCUUUGAGAGGACCAUUCUCUGCAACAGUCUGGUGUGGAGUUGUGCAGUGACUGGCAAGCCUGGCCUCACUUAUCAGGAGGCCUUGGAAAGUGAGAAGAAGGCCAAGCUUAAUCUGCAGAGCUUUCCAAAAGCUUUACUCCUGCCUCUCUUACACCUGACUGCUCUUACUCAGCGCACACGGCUGCAUGAGAUAUGCGAUGAUGUCUGUGCUUUUAUCAAAGAGCGGUUCUUUCCAGGAGAGAUGGUUGACAUUGUCACUCGAUCUGGUGCAAGACAACACUACAGGAUCCUAGAGGUCAUACCACCCCAUUCCAACGGGACCGUUAAUGGCUAUGUCAAACAUCGCAUAGAGGGAGACUCCAUCGUCAUCAGUGAUAGCGAUGACGAGAUUAUAGUCACAUCACCCAAGUCCCCCAAAACAACACCCAGUGGCAGGAAGAGGAAAUCCAUCAAACCAUCCAUGUUUAAGUAUAAGGUUCAACUUGUAAGUCCAGAGGGUAGUGAGCCCGUGCUUGUCAAAUCGACUCAGAUUGUUCGAAAGAAGAAUGUGUUCACUCGAGACAGACUGAAACUGCUACUAAAACAGCAUUGUGAAUCAGUGAAUGGGACCAUCAGACUCAAACCAUCAACUGUUGCAACAUACAAACUGUCAGAACAAAGUUUCUCCCACUUUUUCCCGGAUGAAGCCCCAGUGUUUGUCUUUAGUCCUCCUGGAAAGAGCAGAGUUCGCCCACUGGGUGAUGCAGCUCCUGGGCAGGGUGCAAAUGCAAUACGAGCUGCAGAAGAAAAAUUAAAGCUUUUGCAACAGAAACAAGAAAUGAUGACAGUCUCACAUGAAAAGGCAAAAAUCAAGAAGGAGAGAGAAGAUUUGUUGGAAGCCAGAAAAAAAGAGAAGGUGGACAAAGAAAGAAGAAAAGAGGAGAUAAAGAGAAUGAUUGAGGAAGAAAAACAGAAAAGGAAAGAGGAGAAAGAACGCUUAAAGGUUGAGAAAGAGCGGGAGCGAGAAAAGUUAAAGGAAGAGAAGAAGAAAUAUGCUGAACGGCUAAAGUUAUGGAGUAAACCUAGAGAGGACAUGGAGUGCGAUGACCUCAAGGAGCUUCCAACACCAGUUCCAGUAAAGACACGUCUGCCCCCAGAGCUGUUUGGAGAUGCAUUAAUGGUGCUGGAGUUUCUAAAAGCAUUUGGAGAGCUUUUUGACCUGAUGGAUGAAUUUCCUGAUGGCAUUACAUUAGAGGUUCUAGAGGAGGCUCUUGUGGGAUGUGAUCCUGAGGGUCCUCUAUGCGAGCUGCUGUUCUUUUUCCUGUCAGCCAUUUUCCAGGCCCAGGAUGAGGAGCAGGAGGAAGUUGCUAAAGCGCAAGUAGCUGAGGCAGACACGAAAGAUCUAAGUGAGGCCCUGGAUGAUGAUACUGACCCCACCCAGUCUGCAAUCAGUGCAGUAGCCUCACUGGCUGCUGCUUGGCCUCAGCUCCAUCAAGGCUGCAGUCUAAAACAGCUGGAUCUUGAUAGCUGUACCCUAUCUGAGAUCCUGAGGCUGCAUAUCUUGGCCUCGGGGGCAGAGUGUAACUACACCAACGCAAAAUUCCGCUACCAGAAACAAGGAGGCUUUGGUUCGGCAGAUGAUCCAUGUGUGGAGCUGCGCAUGUCUACACCCACCAUACUAAAGAAGCUGUCCUGCACGGCUGUUUAUGACCUGCUGCCUGGAGAGAAACUGAAGCUCCUGCAUGCUCUGUGUGGGAAGCUGCUGACUCUUAUUUCCACUCGAGACUUCAUUGAGGAUUGUGCUGAUGAGCAGCGAGCUGCCAAGAUGGAGCUUCGUGAACUCAAAGCAGAACAGCAUCGCAGAGAGAGGGAGGAAGCUGCUAACAGAGUUCGCAAAAGAAAGGAAGAAAAGCUGAGAGAGCAGGAACAGAAACUUAAAGAGAAACAUGAGAAACUUAAAGAAGAGGAAGCGAAAAAUGACACACACACCGCAGUAGAUGAGAUGGACACUAGUACAGAGAGCCAGGACGGUCAUGCAGACCAUACAGAGGAUGAAGGAGAACCUUUACAGCAAAGCAAAUAUAAAAAAGUUAAUGGCAGCACUCCAAAGCUGAAGCAGGCAAGUGAGGAAGAGUUGAAGAAUGGCCCCAGCCCAGAGGAGCUAGAACAACAGCAAUUAAAGGAGAAGGAGUUAUUAGAGCGCAUUUGCAAAGCUGCAGCAUGCACAUAUAUUUUGCCACUGGGCCGUGACCGUUUUUAUCGCCGGUACUGGCUGUUCCCUUCAGUUGGAGCACUUUUUGUGGAGGAAGAUUUUUUUGGCCUGACUGAGGACAUGCUGGAGCCUUGUCCUGUACCUGAACCCAAAACCGAAGAUCUGUGUACACAGAGUCCUGUGAAGACUGGAGAGCUAGCAGAAGAGACCAGGCCAAGCCAGAGCACUUUAGUCCCAGUGAACCGACCCAAUCAGUGGUCCUUUUAUAGCACAUCUGUUGAGCUGGAACAGCUAGUUGAAGCACUGAAUCCACGUGGACACCGAGAAAGCACUCUCAAAGAGACUCUAUUGCAGGAGAAGGAGCGCAUCAAUAAGCUGCUUAGCAGUACUUCUGCAGAGCGCUUCCACUACUCAGGAGAUAAAGCACCAUUAGAGGCUAAAGGGAAUACAGGGAAAGUUAAGAAUGGCUCCACUCCUCUGGAAAGCACUGUACCUGCUGAGCGCCACAUGGAGAAUCGUCUCAGGGAUUUGCUGCUGGACAUUGAGGACCGUAUCUAUCAGGGAACUCUGGGCUCAGUAAAGGUGAUGGAAAGAGGUGCAUGGAGAGCAGCACUGGAAAGUGGAAACUAUGAACUACUGGUUUCAGAGGGCAAGGAGAGCUGGGUACUCAUUGGUGAGGAGGAAGCCAUGGAGAUAGAGGAGAACCACAUAAGAGUAAAAGACAGAUUGCAGGAGUUAAAGACAGAGAGCCAGAGUGCAGCGUCCACCAGCACUAGCACACCUCAGCCCGUAAACAACAAUGUGCACUACCUUGCACGUGCCCUUGCUCAAAUUGAGCAGGGAAUUGAGCGAAAAUUCCUUAAAGCUCCACUGGGUGAUGAGGAAAGCAAAAAAGACCAAAAAACUAAGAAAAAAGAGAAGAAGAAAGAUGAUGAACAGUCCAGUGAAAAAGAUGAUGGAAGUGAUUGUGGGCGACAAGUGAAGACUGUCCUGGAGCGCUGGAGGGAAUCUCUUCUGACAUGCACCAGCCUCUCACAGCUUUUUUUGCAUCUGUCUACACUGGAGCGCAGUGUGCUCUGGGCCAAGUCCAUCCUGAAUGCCCGCUGUAAAGUAUGCCGCAGGAAAGGAGACAGCGAGAACAUGCUGCUGUGUGACGGAUGUGACCGAGGCCAUCAUAUCUACUGUGUGCGCCCAAAGCUGAAAGCUGUUCCAAGUGAAGACUGGUUCUGCCCUGAAUGUCGUCCCAAACAACGCUCUCACCGCAUAAACUCUCGCCAGCGCUCCUCUAUCGACUCUGAGGAGGAACUAGAAGAGGAGGAGUCUGAGGAAGAGGUAGAAGAGUCUGAGGAGGAGGAUGAAGAGGAAGAGUCCGAAGAUGAGGAAUCGGAGGUGGAAGAGAAAGAAAGUGCUCCCAAGAAAGCUGCUGUGAAGCUUUCUCCACAGACUUCUAAAGGUGGCCGUUCAAGCAAUCGAUCCAGACAAACUGAAUCAAAUAAUUCUGCACCACAGAGCCAGCAGAACACGCCCAAACAAAACAGCUCCUCUGUUAAAGGAGGCUCUAAAAACUCAGGGAAGAAAGUCACUCCAGUGUCCAAUGGCAGGCCCCCGCCUCGGCCUGGGAGCCGAUCCAGUGCCCGUCUGAGCUUGGAGGCGAUGAACAUAAACAGCACCACAAAUAAAAGCAGCCCUCAACCAAGUCCCUCUGCAGCUCACACAGAGUCCAGGAAAAGAGCCAGUUCAGCAGAGGUCUCCCUUAAAAAUAAGAUGUCCUUGGUCCCAAGCAGCUCUUCCUCUAGCCGCCGCUGCUCUGGGAGAAAUCUUGGUGUUCAUGAGCUGUCAGUGUGUGAACAGCUUACAGUGGACCUGGUUAGACAUGAGGAUAGCUGGCCCUUCAUGAAACUUGUAUCUAGAACUCAGGUACCCGAUUACUAUGAUAUCAUCAAAAAACCUAUUGCUUUGAGUAUCAUCAGAGAAAAAGUGAACAACUGUGACUACCAAACUGCAUCGGAGUAUGUCGAUGAUGUGGAGCUGAUGUUUUCCAACUGCCUUGACUAUAACCCUCGUAGCACCACUGAAGCCAAGGCUGGUAUCAGGCUUCAAGCUUUCUUCCACUCUGAGCUACAGAGACUCGGCCUGGCUGAGCGAACAAGCCCUCCACAGAAACGAUCCAGAAUGUAAACCAAACUGCUAACACUGGAACGUCAUAAAUACAACAGACUUUAGACAAACAAGAGACUACAUGUAUGGAUGAAUUCAUGGGUUGAUGCACGUAGGCAUAUUGGCUUUGUCUAAUGUGUUGCAUGAAAAACCUGUUCUGUAGGGGACAAUAAAUUGCACUGUGUUCUGGAAUAUCCUUACUUUCCCUGACUAGGAGCAAAAAACUUUCUAUAUGGUGCAUUUGUAUUUUAUAUAUUGACUGCAGUUCUAGACUACUGUGUAUAGAUUAUUAAUAACAUAAUUUACAUGUGUUAAAGAUUUUUUGCAACUUAAAGGAACAAAUAGCAUUUUUCUUUUGUUAUGGUUGUGAAUAAUAAAAUAAAAUAAAAAACUAUUUGUUUAAGUAAUUCCCUGUAGCUUGGUUAAACACUACAUAGGGACCAAGACCUGCUUCGUUUUUUCCUGUAAUGCUGUCCACAAUAUUUAUUUUAGUUCGGGAUAUACUUUGGAAUUUGCUUUAUUUAUGAAAUAUUGUUUUUUUUUGUUUUGUUUUGUUUUUUUUAUAGCUUGUUUGUGUAUUGUUUUGUAAAGUACUACAAGUGUUGGUAGAACUUUACCAGGGUAUCUGGGUAAAUGGAUGUUUUUCUCUCAGAAUAUUUUCCAGGUUGUUCUUCAUAUUUUAAAAAACUUAAAUAAAUUGUUUUUUCUGAAUGU